GCAGGAAGGAAUGCGAUCCCGGUUAACCUGUGUUCUUGGCGAUCGGUGAAUCGGUCGGUGUGGUAUUGCGUUAUUUUUGUUAUUAUUUUUUGUACAAAUAAAUCAAAUAUUUAAAUUAUGUACGCACUUCGUCCUUCUUGUUUAAUGGAUGAAAGCCCCUGAGAAAAUAAAACACGAAGUAAUUUUCAUAAGUAGUGCCCCCCCUAAAAAUAUGUUUUGGUUCAUAGCACAGUAAUCUAAAAAUAGUGGAAAUUUUAUUAUGUGAUCUGGAAAAUCAUGAGGUUUAAUAAGCAAGAGUUGUUUGCGCUAGCGUCUCAGACAUCGCAGAACUUCGAUAGAGAGGGUGUGCUUGUAUUGAAAGAGCGCCAGGAUGGGUUCUUUCGCAGAUCUGAAGCAUUUCAGCCCUGUUCGGGAUUCAAAUUGAAAGAAGGUUGUUCAGUGAGGUGGUUCCGUUUGAGGGGUAACUUGUUAUUCUAUUUGAAGGGACCUGAACCUUGGUACGAACCAAUGGGUGUUAUAGUGCUCGGCCAUCAUCAAAUGAAAUUGCAGUCACAGGAUGAAAAUGGACAUUGGCCGUUUCAUAUAGUAUGGGAAAAUGGCGUGUGCUAUCGUAUGGCUACUUUCCAUGAAUCGGAACGCACUUUAUGGCUGAAGGCCAUCCAGAUGGCCUCAUACGAACACGUGACUACACAGAUUGCAGCACUGAAGGAAAGACUUAAUAGAAUCAGGCCAAUUAUAGACAUAGCGAGUUAUAGAAUGCAGAAGGGUAUCAUGACAGAUAUGAAUGAAGUGCCAUUAUGCGAGUUAGCUUUGUCAUGCGACAACUUAUUGUGCGACACACACGGAAGACCACCGUCGCCCAUGGCCGUUGUGUACGUCAGGUAUCCCAAGGGACUCAGCGUUAGGUACGGUGCCACGGAGACUAUAGAGACUUGUAGCAAUCCCUCGUUCUCAAAGACGAUACUGUUCCGCGCUAGCGACGGCCUCACCGGCGACGCUAUAGUCAGGAUAGUGUUGUACGACGUGCGCGAGAGGGUCACGGAGACCGCGGUGCCGAUGGGCUUCACUGCGCUCCAGCUGACCACCAUACAGGAAGCUCAGCGCCUGCGUGUGGCUCUGAUGACUCGGGACAACAAAACCGUCGGCUUCGUCACCAUAAACGGCUGGAGUUUAGAACCUUCUUACAUAGGAACUAGCCCAAGUCACACCAACGAUAGGAACAGCAUCGACAUACCGCAGAAGGUGCUCUAUCACAGGCGGUCACAAUCGCUACCACCCCGGUUGGGGCUCAAGCUCAAGUUCCCUUCCUACGGUAGUCUUCUGAAACAGAACUUCGUUAAUAGCCACCAAGUCACGUACAGGUUCCAUUCGGGCUUAGGCGGUGACAUCACUGUACACGAGAUUAUGGCGGAGCCGAAACUGUGCUACCAGAUGCCCAUGCAGUUGCUUGACAUUUACAUCCAGCGAGAGAAAGAGCUAUUAGAGGAGUUAUUGUCAGUGGGCGAGAUGUGUGGACAGUGGCAGAGUAGGCAGCUCGAGCUGGUGACCGUCCACGUGUCACUGUUGAAGCACUACUGUCACUCGAAGCGGUGCAUGGAGCAAGUGGACAACAUGUACUUCAAGGCUAGCAGUAGGAAAGACGAGGCUAGCCUGUCUUUUGCGCCGGUGAAUCUCCACCUGCAACGUAUGUGGGUGCACAAUGACACUCUCAGUCGCGCCGGCUUCCACGACGUGGUGACGGCAGGCGCGUUCGCCGCCCACACUCACAAGCCCGAGCGUACCGGCGGACUGAUCAGGCUAGUGCAGCAAGUGAAGGACGUGAAUAGCACUAAAGCUGAACUGAACUCAGCCACCAAUAAGAUCCAAGCGGAGUACGACAACGUUGUAGCGGUGUCGAGACUUAAGGACGAGAUCAUGAAUGAUAUGGACCGAGUGGUGAUGCUGCUGCAGGCCACGCGGCCCAUCGACGUGAUGGCCCUCGUUGAAGGUAUAAAGUGUAAAAUUCGAAGUAUAUUGACUUUAUGGAACGCAAACGCCGUGGAAGAAUCUUUGUCUUAUAUCGGCUGGCCCAAAAACAACUGCAACGAAGAAAAGGAUAGUCAGACGAUGUCUACUAUAAUGCGAUUGACCGAACAACUCAGCGUUUUUGACGCAAUGAGCUCCGAUUACGACACAUUCGAUGCGUCGUCGAGCUCCAGCUCAAAGGAGACUUCGCCUACUGUGGAUUUGCCAACACUCACUUCCAGCGUGCCCAACAUUUGCCCUAACAAUUGUGGCAAGAAUCUCCGAGAUUCGAAAACGAACGACGGCUUACAUUUCCACCACGAUUACUUCAAGAGUGAAAGUGAGGAGCGAAGUUGGCACCACUCGUUUCGUUCCGUACGCGCUCGGCCGAGACUCAAUGAAACACAAAGCUUGUCUUUCGAAUCCAAAAGAACCAGACACGGCAGUCUCAGAUACGAUUACAAGAGUUCCGCUUCACUGGAGCAAGUGUCGUAUAAAUGUCUCAUGGAUAAUCUCACGGCAAACGAUAAGAGAAAGAAUUCAGUGCCGAGAAGGGAGUCAUUGACCCUGGCAAGCAUUGACCACUUGGACCCUGCGGUUAGGGAAACAAACAGAGCCUAUUUGAAGGCCGUGGGUGCUAAUAUUGAGGAGACCUUAGCGACCUUAGUGGACGUCCUGACGCGGCACGUCGAAGAUAUUCGCGCGGUAACUGAUGACGACUUGGCCAACAUAAAGCGUGACACGGAGUCGCUACGGCGGGCGGUGGACGAGGCCUCCCGCUGGCUGCGGCUCUCGCACGCGGCACUGCGGCUGCGGUACGAAGCGCCACACUUCGCGAGGGAACAGGCUGCAUUGCAGACCAGGCGCGAUACGUGCUUCUCGCAGGCGCUAGCCACGCUUACGACUGGUCUCCUAUGCUGGCUUUGCUCGACUCCUGGCGACGUAAUAGUGAAACUGCUGAGCAGUGGACUGGGGCCACUAUGUGCUUUUGAAGGCCUCCUAAGCCUGUAUUCUACGGAGAAAGCCAUGUGGGGCGAUAUGGUGGUAGCCGUGGAAGAUUUGCAAACAGUCUUCUUUACCCUCACGAAAGUGGGCCACAGUAAUUCCGCCAUACCGCAAGUAGUUGGGACUAGAGGAUCGUUGACUGUGCACAUACCGAUUUCUGACUCGCUCUUCACGAAGUUUACAUUAAAAGAGCAUCUAACGUUCACGAUAACGGCGGUGUUCUUCAACGUGGGCAUCAACGAGAAGGCCACGUUGGCCGAAGCGCUGGGCGAGACGACGCCGCAGUACCACUCGAACAGCGACAAUCUAGAGCGCAUCAACAAGUACUGCCAGAAGUAUGGGAAGGUAUUCCCUGCCGAUCACCUCGCUACUAGCAGAGCUUCAUCGAGAACAAAGCCGUUGGAAGAAGUCAUGGAAAACCUAAGGAUAGCUGUGCACAAGAAAGUGCCGAAAAACGUGGAAGUGUUACAUUUGGCCGCGUUGGCGACGCGACUCAUGAACGGCAUAAGAUUUACGUCCUGCAAGAGCGCCAAGGACAGGACCGGAAUGUCUGUGACUUUCGAACAAUGUUCCAUACUCGCCAGCGAGUAUCAUUUGGCCGAACACGAGAUGCAAAAGGCACUGAACAUCAUGAGGAGUGAGGGUUGCCGCAGAGAAAAUACUCUGAAAAAUAUAGGGGUCAGAAAGUAUGCUUUCACCAAGAAACAGGUGGCAGCGUUACCAGAAGAUUAUAGACCCCCUCCAGGCACCUAUGGCUCUUCGCAAACGUAAUAUGAAAAACCAACGACUGGUGCUGUGUGGGUAAUUCAAUCUCUGCAAUGCGGGCGAUGUGUGUGAUAAUAUUAUAUAGACUGUGAGAAAUGUUAUAUACCUUGUCGUGUCAACAUAAUAAUAAUGUCGAUUCUGGCAUGAUUCUCUUAAAUUAAAACUAAAUUUAACAUCAGUCUCUCUUUUUCAUUCUGUAUAAAAAUGAUACAAGGAUACAUUGUUUUCAAAUUUAAGUUUAGGUUUAGAGAAUCAUACCAGAAUCGACACCAACAUUUAUCUAAUUAACAUAAUAUUAUAUUAAUAUAUUGAAAGUAAAAUUUGCCAAUUCGUCAGAAGAUAAUUUAAACCAUAUUGAUAUUUAAAUUUGUCGUAAGAGAUACGGGUAUGGCGAGAUGUAUAAAUAAAUCAGGAGUUGUGCCAAAUGCGCUGACUUAAAUUAUGUAUAUGAAAAUUUACUUAAAAAUAGGUAGUCGGAACUGUUAUGCUAAUUACAAUCUUAGGGACUUAGACAUAUAUAAUACAUUAGGGUGCGGCCAGAGUGCACUCAGAUUCAGAUUCAGAUUCCGAAAACAAGCGCGAGCAAUAAACAGUGUAGUCGAAGGGUACGGCCAGAGUGCACUCCUGAUUCAGAUUCAGAUUCAGACUGAGAAAACAAAGCGCGAGAAAAAGCAGGCAACCUGCUUAGACUACACUGUUUAUUUCUCGCGCUUGUUUUCAGAAUCUGAAUCUGAAUCUGAAUCUGAGUGCACUCUGGCCGCACCCUUACACUAUACUUUUGCCAGGACACUAUACCUUGCCAUAAAUAUUGUCACAAGGAAAAAUCUAUUUGUUUCUAAUAUAUAAAUCGGUUAUUUUUGUUACGUGUGUUAGUUUAUGUAUAUGAAGGUCAUUAAAAAUGAUCUUCAUUGGCUUGAAUACAAUCCUUUAAACGUUGAGGUCAGUUAUCUAUAAUAGAAACACGCACUUUUUCCAUGGGAAAAUUCUUCACUGCCUAUCUUAUGGAUUGUUUUAGGUACUCAAAAUUAUCAUGUCGUUUAGAACAUGCCAUACUCCCUAAAACUGACCAUAAAUAAUAAUCCAGUGGAUCGGGACUUCCAGUCUUCAGCUCUGAUGAAGUCCGAAACGAUCGUUUCCAACCACGCUUGGAUGAAAUGAGCUUUCUUAACCGGUGCUGCGCCUUUGCUGAAAAGACCAUUCUUGGUUAUGGAACAUUGUGUUUUUAAGAGUCAAUCGACUUGUCAAGAAUCGUUUCUUGAUACACUUGUGCCAAUGUUUUGACACCUUUUUCACAUAUAUGACUCAGUCACUCCUUGAUAGUAAACAGCCCACCAAACCAUCACUGAAGUCGGAUGACGUCGACGUUGUACUCUGCUGACUAAUUGGUAAGCUUCUCUGCCUACUUGGUUAUUCUGCUUGUGAAAGCAUUGCUCAAUAGUAAAAAAAAUCUUGUCCGUAAUUUUUUUUGUAUGACCAUUCUUUGCGUACCGCAUAAGAAGUUUUGAUUUUAUCACUCUAUUUAUUAUUUAAAUUAUCAGUUAAAACAUGAUCAGUGCGUCUCUUUUCCGAAAUAAAAUCUUUUGCUUUCGGACAGGAUUUCUUCGAAUUCUUUCCUUCACUGCUUUGAUCGUUUUUUUUUGUAAAAAUACUACGGACGGGCGGCCAGAUUUUUUUCUGUCACAAAAGGACAAGGUAAAGUUUUGUAUGAGCGACUGCCCUGGCAAUGUAUAAAUACUGUACUUAGUAAUAUUUAAUGGCGAAUGGCUGAAUAUUCAUAAUUUCUAUGAAAAAAGGCUCGGGAACUUUUGAUAAAGUCAUAAUCUUGAAAAUUAUGAGAACUCCUACUACUCCUACUACUAUUGUCCUAUCUUACUACAGUUGAUAAAAGAUGUUGCCAAUUAUUUACAGAGUCAUCAAUUUCGCAUUUUCUUGAAAGCUUUCCUCCCAUUUCUCUGAUUAACUCUUCACAAAAAGUUUUUUUAAGGCAUAAAUAAAUUCAACUAAGUUGUUAUCGUCGGCCUGACAAGAAAUCUGUGAAGUUUUAUUUUGUCCAUUUGCAAAAAUUAAAGGAUCAAUUAUCAUACAGCUUUGUCUCAAGCCUGAUCAGAAUAAUAAAAUAUUUUAUUAUUUUAGGCCUUCAGUGAUUUGUUAUAAUAUAAAUUAGAACCAAAUAUGUCAUAGUUUGAAGGAGUUUAGAAAUAAUUUGGUUUAUUCCGAUAUACUUACACAAAUAUUUUUUGGUACAUUUAUUGUUAAUUUAUUUUGUAAAACGGAACAUUUUGCUUUUUAAACAGACAUGAAGUCAACAUUUUUAUUUUUAAAUAUUUGAUUAUUUCACGAAAGUUGUAUGAGAAUAAUAAACACGUAAUAAUUAAUAAAAAAAUAUUGUAAAGUUACGGGCUAGUGCGAAAUAUUUAUACACGUUAAGGGCAGUUUCUUGGCCAUGUCCUUUGAUCUAUCAAAAACCCGGUACAUAAUUAAAACCAAGCGGAUGAAAAAUUUAAAAAUUUGGCUCCACAUCUACUUUGUGUAAUGAUAUCACAGUAAUUCGGUUCUCUUAUCUCCCCACUCCAUUUUAAUAUCACGAAAAUAUUUAACACCAAUUAGCGCGAAAAUGAGAAAACAAUGAAUCUUAUUAAAAAAUGCCAGUUUCCAAAUUCAAAUGUAAUACUAUAAUUACUUGUUUUUUAUGUAACAGUAUUUAUGGUCAGACUAGGUAUACAGGUAUAUUAAGUAGUUAGAUGAGGUUUGUGAAUACUAGUUUUUAUGAAGAUCCGUGAUAGUACCAAAGUUUUAGGGCGUGCGGGCUGCCUAAAGCGGGAGCACGGAGCGGACGCCCGCUCCGCGUGCAGUUUCAUGUUAUUUCAUAGAGUAGCGCUGCGUGAGGAGGGUAGCAGCGUUGUUCUCGCUUAAGGCAGCGCACGCCCUUAAGGACGUAGUGGUUAUUUAUGAAAAUAAUAAUGUACUUAAAUACCUUAUAAUAACGUUUAUAAUUUUUGUAGUGAAAGAGAAAAAAAUUCUGCUGCUGAAAAGAAAACGGAAUUCGUAUUAGGGAACGAGUACCCCUAGCACGAACCAAUAUCGAAUUAGAAUAGUUUGCGAGUGCGAAAUGUCACUGCCAAAUGUGAUUCUCGUUACGUACCUUAUGGCGCUGCUGUUCAAGUUUCCAUACAAAAUUUAACAAUCACAUUUCGCACUCGCAAACUAAAUUCGAAUUCGAUAUUGGUUCGUGCUAGGGGUACUUACUGUUUGCGGCGGGGUUUUUACCGGCAUGUAUCUCUAUCGUAAAGGUGCAUCGUUCUCCAGAAAGAGUCAUCGAAAGAUGUGCUCGCUGAUGUAGAUCGACUAAACAUAUGUUUAUAUGUUAAACUAAACAUUUCUCGGGUUUGUAUUAAACUAAACAUUUCUCGGUCUUAAAACAAAAUAUAAAAUGCCCGCAAACAGGGUUAUUCUUAUUCCCUAAUACGCUUUUCCAUACUAAUUAGUACACCGUGCACUAGUCGACAGAAAUCUUACAAAAACGUUGACUUCUUUAAAUAUAUUACAGGUACAUAAUUUGCUAAUAAGUUUUCAGGACAAAUAGCAUUUGUUACUUACAUGUUAACCAACAGUAUUUGUCAUUGAUGCUAAAUCAUAAAUUUUGUAAAUAAAUGAACAAAUGAUGUCCGAGGAAAAAAGGGGACGAUACGCGAUUACGUAAUUGUAGCAUUAUUUUACAUUGUAACUUGUUGAGCCAACAUUAUUGACAAGUGCGAGUCGGACUUGCCCACUGGUUUGAGAAUAUGGUUUAACUUUCAACUAGAUUCCUCCAUGUGUUUCCGAGAUGAAGGGUCUUGACAGACUGAAAACAAUGUGAUCCUAUUAAGGUUCUUCCCUUUUGAGGUACGGAAGUCUAAAAAUAGGAAGAUAUCAUCGUAAUUUUUUUUUGGGAAACAGAGUUUUGCUUGGCUAAUGCACGUUAUUUGUUAAUCUACGAUAAAAUCUAUUUGUCAGAUAAAUUUAUUAACUCGAUCAAAACGAAAUCCCAUCAGCAGCACCAACAUUUACAUGAACAAUAGAACUUUUUAAUAAUACGACAUCAGACGGAUAAAAAAUGCAUGUCUAGCGAUUGAUAAAUUUUAAAGUACAAGAACACAAAAUUUAGAGCUUUGAUUUCAAGUAAUAAGUCUGUAAAUCGAUUGGUGAUUUUGAAAGUUUAUAAUGUCUGAAGACAUGCUUCCAUGUACCAUACAUUUAGUGCAAAACCAUUUGAAUAAACCGGAUGACACUGUAUGGCAUGAAGCUAUGAGACAGACAUCAAAGUUACCACAAACUAAAAUUUUAUUAGUUUGUGAAUCCUAUAGCAAGCACCGUAAAGCUCAAAGUCAGUUGCAGAAAUUUAACAGUUUUGGGUAACUUGACCUUUGGCUCAUUGCAGUAUUGUACUUUAUCAAUUUAUUGGAAAUUGAUUCGCGUUAAAGUUACUUUUUAUCCCGGUGGGGAAGGUAGCCGAGGGAGCGCUUCUUGGACUUCACGAUCCCCCAUUACAUUUUGGGUAUAUGCUAAGUAUUUGAGGUUUAAUGUUUGUCCUUGUAUCUACAUCAAAAUGGCCAUAUAUUGAAUUUACCAUAAGAGUAUAGGUACGCCGAAAGAAUUUCCGAGUUAUACAAUUAAAUCAUGCUAGAGAAACGUUUCCGCGGCAUAUUUGAAAGCAUAGUUUUUAUAUUCGUUUUUGACUGAUUUACGCAACAUAAUUAUAAAUAUCCACUUUUAUAGACUCACUAUAAACUAAUCAAAUAGCCCAUGGCUUCAAGUUACAAACAUUGUAAUAACGACAUUGUUAAAGAAAUGUUUUUGGCAAACUGCUUCAUCGUGCUGAUUAUGUCUAUUAAUAAUUGAGUAGCUAAGCUAUUUAUCAUAUUGAUGAGAGAAAAACAAAGGAGAUUGCUCAGCUUCCAUA